GCGGGCCGGGACGCGCGGAGGCGGUGGCGGCGCCUCCUCCUGCUGCUGCUGCUGCGCCCCAUCCCCCAGCGGCCGGCCGGUUCCAGCCUGCACCCCGUGUCCGUGCCCGUGCCCCCUCCCCCUGGCCCCGCCAUGGGCCUCACCGUGUCCGCGCUCUUUUCGCGGAUCUUCGGGAAGAAGCAGAUGCGGAUCCUUAUGGUUGGCUUGGAUGCAGCCGGCAAGACCACAAUUCUGUACAAACUGAAGUUAGGGGAGAUUGUCACCACCAUCCCCACCAUAGGCUUCAAUGUGGAAACAGUGGAAUACAAGAACAUCUGUUUCACAGUUUGGGACGUGGGAGGCCAGGACAAGAUUCGGCCUCUGUGGCGGCACUACUUCCAGAACACUCAGGGCCUCAUCUUCGUGGUGGACAGUAAUGACCGAGAGCGGGUCCAGGAGUCUGCUGAUGAACUCCAGAAAAUGAAAGGGGGCUCCCCUACACAACAGGAAAGAGGGAACCUGGGGACCCCAAAGGACUCUAGAUUUCACACCUUCGGCAUCUCAGCUGCAGGAGGACGAGCUGCGGGAUGCCGUGCUGCUGGUGUUCGCCAACAAGCAGGACAUGCCCAACGCCAUGCCCGUGAGCGAGCUGACGGACAAGCUGGGCCUGCAGCACUUGCGAAGCCGCACGUGGUAUGUCCAGGCCACCUGUGCCACCCAAGGCACAGGCCUGUACGAUGGGCUAGACUGGCUGUCCCAUGAGCUGUCGAAGCGCUAACCACCAGGGGCCGGCCCCUGCUGCCCGGAAGCUCCCGCGUGCAUCCCUGGGAUGCCCAAACUCCCGGACUCCUCAGGCAGUGUCCGUCCCUCCUGCUCCUCCUCCCACAGACUCGAGCCUCUGCUCCUGCUCCUGCCUGCAUGUUCUCUGUUGUGGGAGCCUGGAGCCUUGCUCUCUGGGCAUGGAGGGGUCCACUCUCCUGCCUGCUGGGACCUGUGGGAGGGGCUUCCAGGGCCGAGGCCCCUUCUUCCAGAGGAGGAGCAGGGAUCUGGGUUUACUUUUGUUUUUUUCCAUUUUGGGUAUACCCUUGGGGCCAAGUGGGGAGGGAAGGUGAGGGCUCCGGGUGGUGCUAUGAUAUGGCACUGGAUAUUGAGUAAUAAAUUUGCUGUGGUUUGUA